UUUCGUUGCGUGAUUAAUAGAAAUUUUUUUAUGAUAUCGGUGACGUUUUGUUAGGUUGGUAUUACCACGCCUUGUCACUUUUGACGUUUCCUCUUUUGAAAGGGGUGAGUUUGUUGUCAUUCCUGCGCCGCUUGAGGCGAAAUAUCAUAUCAUGGAGAAAACGAAUCAAGAAGUGUUGGACCAAGAUCUGCAAGAGGAGGGCCAGUUCGUGGUCGACGAUGUGAGUAAGAUCAUUAAAGACGCGAUAGAAACUGUGAUAGGAGGCAACGCAUAUUCCCAAAAUAAAGUCAAUGACUGGACGACUUCGGUCGUGGAAUGUUGCACAUCAGAAUUGACGAAAUUGAUGAAACCAUACAAGUACAUCGUGACCUGUACCAUAAUGCAGAAGAACGGGGCCGGUUUGCACACCGCUAGUUCGUGCUAUUGGGAUAAUAACACGGAUGGGAGCUGCACCGUGCGUUGGGAGAACAAGACCAUGUUCUGCAUUGUAUCAGUAUAUGGAUUAGCUAUUUAAAUAUUUCAACAAGUAAUUACAGUCAUGGAUUUGCCUUUCAAGAAUAAUUUAUCGUAUUUAUAAGUUUCUACUUGAUAGUGAUUGUUACGUAUUAAUAAAGUCAUUUUUUUAUUUGGA